GACUUCACCUGAGUGUUUCACCUGACGACGGAAUGACGCUUUAAAUGACAUUAUCAGACACAGGGAAAAAGGAGACUUGCUGAAUGAAACUUUGUGCCAUUUCUCUCCCGGAGGGAUAAAGAAGCACCCAUGGGCGGCGUGUUCGUUUAAAAAUAACCGAGUUGACCGCCGCUGGAUGGGACGCAGAUAAAAAAAAAAUGUUUGGCCACCUCAAGUUCCAGGUUAGGAGGUUAGCAGCAAUGUCAGGGGUCGCUCGUUUUGGAAAUGAAUGAUCACUGGCAGCACCGACGGUAAAAUAAUGGUCAGAAGAUGUCUAGUAACGUUCAAACCGUUCAGGAUAUUCGUGGUGGGAAUUGGCUUCUUCAGCCUGUGCUUUCUAAUGACCUCUCUGGGGGGGCAGUUCUCAGCCAAGAGACUGGGGGACUCCCCCUUCACCAUCCGCACAGAAGUGCUGGGAGGCGUGGAGUCACGUGGUGUGCUGAGGAAGAUCAGCGACAUGCUAGAGGUGAUUCUGAAGAGGAUGGACAGCCUGUCCAAACUUGACAACACCUCCACCACUGACGCACGGCGCCUGGAUGAGCUCAGCUCUGCUAUCAACAGGUUUCAACCGGCUGGCCUGGUGGAGAGGAUCCAAGCUAUUGCCCAGAAUGUCUCCAACAUGGCCACCAGGGUGGAGCAGAUACUGCAAAACAGCAUGGUGCAAGGAAGAGCAGUCAGGGAUGGGACAUCAAGCCAGUGUGAGGUACCAAGAGACCCCCGCUUUCCGGAGUGUCCAGGGAAAGUGGAUUGGAUGCGUGCACGUUGGACAUCAGACCCUUGCUAUGCCUUCUACGGUGUUGACGGUUCAGACUGCUCCUUCCUCAUCUACCUGAGCGAGGUGGAGUGGUUCUGCCCCCCACUGGCCUGGAGGAACCACAGCAGCCCCCCUACCCAGCAUGCACAGCAAGCAAAGGCCCCCAAGAGACAGGCUGCCUUCCGCACAGACCUCUCUGUACUGCUGGACCAGGUUGGGACAGGAAAGGAGUCACUCAGCUUUAUGAAGCGCAGAAUCCGUCGCCUUGCUCAGCAGUGGGCAACAGCCGCCAACCGCCUUGAGGCCAAGCUGGAGCAACGAUGGAGGGACCAAAAGAAGAUCCUGGUCCAUGUGGGCUUCCUGACAGAGGAGUCUGGAGAUGUUUUCAGCCCCAAAGUGCUGAAGGGGGGUCCUCUGGGAGAGAUGGUCCAGUGGGCAGACAUCCUCACUGCUCUCCAUGUUUUGGGACAUAACCUCAAGAUCUCCAUGUCUGUCAAAGAGCUGCAGGGGUUCCUUGGUGUGCCCCCGGGCAGAGGCAGUUGCCCACUGACUGGCCCGCUGCCCUUUGACCUCAUCUACACCGACUACCAUGGCCUGCAGCAGAUGAAGCAACACAUGGGGCUCUCACUCAAGAGACACAAAUGUCACAUCCGAGUGAUUGACACGUUUGGGACAGAACCAGCUUACAAUCAUGAGGAGUAUGCAACGCUGCACGGCUACCGGACCAACUGGGGCUACUGGAACCUCAACGCCCGGCAGUAUAUGACUAUGUUCCCUCACACACCAGACAACUCGUUCAUGGGCUUUGUUUCGGAGGAGUUGAAUGAGACUGAGAAGAGGAGCAUCCAGCAGAACAAAGUGAACGACAUGGCUGUAGUGUACGGGAAAGAGGCCAGCAUGUGGAAGCUUCAGCAGGGUAAGGAAGGUUUCCUGCAGAUUCUCCACAGGUACAUGGAGGUCCACGGCACAGUGUAUUAUGAGACCCAGAGACCUCCGGAGGUCCCGGCCUUCGUGAAGAACCACGGUCUGCUGCCCCAGCAUGAGUUGCAGCAACUGCUGCGCAAGGCCAAGCUCUUCAUUGGCUUUGGUUUCCCCUACGAAGGCCCAGCCCCUCUGGAGGCGAUAGCCAACGGCUGCAUCUUCCUGCAGCCCAAAUUCCACCCACCUCACAGCUCACUCAAUCACGAGUUCUUCAGAGGCAAGCCCACUUCUAGAGAGGUGUCCUCCCAGCACCCGUAUGCAGAGCAGUACAUCGGAAGACCUCACGUCAUGACAGUGGACUACAACAACUCCCUAGAGUUUGACUCUGCCAUCAGGGAAAUCAUGAGGACCAAGGUUGAGCCAUAUCUGCCUUAUGAAUACACCUGUGAGGGAAUGCUGGAGAGAGUACAUUCCUACAUCCAGCAUCAGGACUUCUGUGCCCCAGAGCCUCCCUCCAUGCCAGCCAACCUUUCCAGACUGGGGUCUACUGGUGGCAGCAGGAUUACAGGGCCUCUGUUUGUGCCCCUGCCAAAUACCACGGCCCUUGGCUGGGCGUCCAAUAUGACAGCUCCCCCUGCCUGGCCUCCUCUCAGCUCCCUUAGGCUGCUUGUAUCUCAAGAGGGCCAGUCCUGCGUGGAAGCAUGCCAUUCUGCUGGUUUCAUCUGCGAGCCUGCUCACUUCCGCUUCAUCAACAACAAAGAGGCCCUGCGCGGGUUGGAGGUGCAGUGCGAGGUGGUAGACUCCGAGAUCAACCACAUCCUCCCAGCCUUCUCAGUGGUGCGGCGAGAGUGUGGCCUUCAGCGGGAACCCCUCCUUUUCAGCUGUGCAGGACACUCCCCCAAAUACAGACGUCUUUGCCCCUGUAGGGACUUCCGCCGCGGCCAGGUGGCGCUGUGCAGAGACUGUUUAUAAUGACAGGGACAUGUGAAGGACAGACGAAAGAGAAUUAGACGCAGAUUGGCGAGGGGAAAAGGGCACCCACAGUCCAGAACGGGUGUAGAGCUGUGACAAACUACCUGAUGGUGCAGAAAGCCAGCCCCUCCCCCCCCAAAAAAGAGUAAAUGUAGGAUGAUGAAGAACAGGCAUGCAUGGAUUGGAACUGAAUAUAGGCCUGAAUGGUUGAAAGUGGUUGAGUGUUGUAACAGCUGUUAUACUCAUAUAGUAAUUACAACCAGGGGGGUUUGUUAGCAUCACACUUUCACAUUAAUCCUCUGACUACAAGAUAAUAGUUUUUGCAAGAUGUUGACCGGUGAUACGAUACACAGCAUCUCAAUUUGGAACUGUGUCUCACCAAAAAUAAGGGUUUUAAGAUAGAAAAUAUACACUUGAAGAAGCGUGUGACUGCAGAGAAACUCAGUAUUGGGACUAUAGUGUCAUUCCAUGACAGAGACUUCAAAUAUCUUGGCUUGGAGAAGGCAACCUCGGGUCAAUAUCCAAUCUCCUCUCUGCACUCGGACAAAGGAUGAUGGACAACCAGGUUAUCUCCCCUCGCUUUUUCUCCCCUCCUCCAAUGAUGGGCAGAGUCAUUUAUCAGACUGCACCCCAAGUCUGAGGCAACAUCGGUCAAUGCAAUCAUCUCUGGUCACAAAAAGAAAGGAGGAGGAGGAGGACAGAGGACAAAGAUAAAGGGUACAAGAUUAUUUUUCAAUAAAUAAGCCUUUAGAGCUCUC